ACACCCACAAAUAGGCCUACAACUCAUGUGAUCUGCCACAUGUGUAUGCUCUGGCUCUGAUAUGAGACAAAAUUGAUGUAACAAUGGCAGUGGAGUUGGUUGUUGGAACGUACGAUUGCACAAUGAAAGGCUUCUCUAUAGAUCCUCUUGACCCACAGACGGGAUUGUGCAAGAAAUACCAAGAGAAGGUGCAUAGCGGUUGUGUGAAGGCAGUAGCAUCUGGUGGUCAUUAUCUAGCCACUGGAGGGACAGACGAAGUUAUCAAGCUGUACGACAUGAGAAGACACACUGAGAUUGGUACUCUUUUGCAACAUAAUGGCUCCAUAACGUGGCUGUGCUUCUUUAAGGAUAAACUGCUCUUGAGUGCCAGUGAAGAUGGAUGUGUGUGUGUGUGGAGGUGUGGAGGGGGUUGGGAUCUUCUGCAUAUUCUAACUGGGCACAAGUAUGGAGUCUCAUGUGUAGCUGUACAUCCUUCUGGUAAACUAACUUUAUCUGUAGGAAAAGAUAGGAUAUUAAGAAUGUGGGAUCUUAAAUCUGGAAACGGAAUAUUCUCCCAAAGGCUCAAGAAAGCUGCAGAGUUGGUUUCCUGGAAUAGCAGUGGUGAUCAGUAUGUGUUAAGCUAUGGAGAAUUUUUGUUGGUACACGAAGUAAAGAGUGGAAAUACACUAGCUUCAAUUGAAGUAGGAAAGCAAAUAAACUCUGUGGUUUAUGUCAGGCAAGACGUGUUGGCAGUCGGUAGUGAGCAUCCAAGUGUUCUCUUGUACUCCACACUGUCUGGAGACUGCUUGGCCAGACUAGAAGGCCAUACCAAGAGAGUGAAGGCUUUAUGUGUCUGUCCUGUUAGUGGGAUCUUGUUUUCUGCCUCAUCUGAUGAAACCAUUAGAGUAUGGCGUUUGGCUAAUCCUCUGCCUGAUGCAGUAUGUGUUAACACCUCUGAACUAGGGUCGAGAGUCACAUGCAUGGCUAUUACACAUGAGACAGCUAACCCCGAGAAAACAUUUUUAACAUCCACUAAUAAAGAAACCAUUGUGCAAACUACUAAACAGCAAUUUGUCUCCACAGUUGAGCCUUCUGUAUCCACUGUCGAGAUGCCAAUGGAUCACGUUUCAACACCUGUAAAGCCAAGAAAGACAACAACAAAAAUAUGUUGAGGAACUUAAUUAAGUCAAACAAUACAUUCUUUAGAUUUUGUUUAGCAUAAAAUAAUGUGUACUAAACAAGCAGUUAUCUUAUCAUACGGA